ACUCCCCGCCCCCUCAGAGCCCGCUGGGCUGGAGGGCGGCGCUUCCGGGGGCUGGCGAGAGCAGCGGGCACCGGGGAGGGCUGGCACCCUCUCUACUGGGUCGCCGACCCGCCCUAGCGCUGCUCGUGUGGUAGACAAUACCUAGGCCUGCUCUGGGGAGGCGGCCGACACCCCUUGUGCUCGCCUUGUGUGUGAGGGACCCUCCAGCGAUUCAGGGUUCUCUGGAGUACUGAGGGUCGAGGGAAUGCUUGAAAUUAGGACGGUGCCAGCCAGAUGGGCACUGCUGGGCAAAGACGCCUACCCGGUUACCGAUGUAUCCCAAUAGGGAGAUGGUGUGAGGACACGAGGGCAGUCCCUGGGCAGAUGACCUCUCACCUUAGACUGCGGAGUGGGCAAAGACCUUUUAACGUUUGCACUUGGAUCCUUGAGCCUCCAGCUAGGGGGCGAAUCUGUCAGACAACCUAUCAAUUGGGCUGAUGAUGUCAGUGUUCGAGUGGCUUCUAACAGGCGUUAAUACCUGUUGGAAACGGAGUCUCAUUGGCUGGGAUGAUUGCAGAUCCACAGACCAGCAUGGCUGCCACUGCUGCUGUCAGUCCCAGUGACUACCUGCAGCCUGCUGCCUCCACCACCCAGGACUCCCAGCCAUCUCCCUUAGCCCUGCUUGCUGCAACAUGUAGCAAAAUUGGCCCCCCAGCUGUUGAAGCUGCUGUGACGCCUCCUGCUCCCCCCCAGCCCACACCACGGAAACUCGUCCCUAUCAAACCUGCCCCUCUCCCUCUCAGUCCCAGCAAGAAUAGCUUUGGAAUCCUGUCCUCCAAAGGCAAUAUACUUCAGAUUCAGGGGUCACAACUGAGCACCUCCUAUCCUGGAGGGCAGCUGGUGUUUGCUAUCCAGAAUCCCACCAUGAUCAACAAAGGGACCCGAUCAAAUGCCAAUAUCCAGUACCAGGCAGUCUCUCAGAUUCAGGCAGGCGGUUCCCAGACCAUCCAAGUGCAGCCCAAUCUCACCAACCAGAUCCAGAUCAUCCCUGGCACCAACCAAGCCAUCAUCACUCCCUCACCGUCCAGUCACAAGCCUGUCCCCAUCAAGCCAGCCCCUGUCCAGAAGUCAAGUACAACCACCACCGCUGUUCAGAGCGGGGCCAACGUGGUGAAGUUGACAGGUGGGGGCGGCAACGUGACACUCACUCUGCCAGUCAACAACCUCGUGAAUGCCAGUGACACCGGGGCCCCCACUCAGCUCCUCACUGAAAGCCCCCCUACCCCACUGUCUAAAACUAACAAGAAAGCAAGGAAGAAGAGCCUUCCUGCCUCCCAGCCCCCCGUGGCCGUGGCCGAGCAGGUGGAGACGGUGCUAAUCGAGACCACUGCAGACAACAUCAUCCAGGCAGGAAACAACCUGCUCAUUGUUCAGAGCCCUGGUGGGGGCCAGCCAGCUGUGGUCCAGCAGGUCCAGGUGGUGCCCCCCAAGGCUGAGCAGCAGCAAGUGGUGCAGAUCCCUCAGCAGGCUCUGCGGGUGGUACAGGCAGCAUCUGCCACCCUCCCCACUGUCCCCCAGAAGCCCUCCCAGAACUUUCAGAUCCAGGCAGCUGAGUCGACGCCUACUCAGGUCUACAUCCGCACGCCUUCCGGUGAGGUACAGACAGUCCUUGUCCAGGACAGUCCCCCAGCAACAGCUGCAACCACCUCUACCACCACCUGUAGCAGCCCUGCAUCCCGCACUCCCCAUCUGAGCGGGACUAGCAAAAAGCACUCAGCUGCAAUUCUUCGAAAAGAGCGUCCCCUGCCAAAGAUUGCCCCUGCUGGGAGCAUCAUCAGCCUGAAUGCAGCCCAGCUGGCGGCAGCUGCCCAGGCAAUGCAGACCAUCAACAUCAACGGGGUCCAGGUCCAGGGUGUUCCUGUCACCAUCACCAACACUGGCGGGCAGCAACAACUGACGGUGCAGAAUGUUUCUGGGAAUAACCUAACCAUUAGCGGGCUGAGCCCCACCCAGAUCCAGCUGCAGAUGGAGCAGGCCCUGGCUGGAGAGACCCAGCCUGGGGAGAAGCGGCGCCGCAUGGCCUGCACAUGUCCCAACUGCAAGGACGGGGAGAAGAGAUCUGGAGAGCAGGGCAAAAAGAAGCAUGUGUGUCACAUCCCUGACUGUGGCAAGACAUUCCGGAAGACGUCCUUGCUGCGGGCCCACGUGCGCUUGCACACCGGCGAGCGGCCCUUUGUCUGCAACUGGUUCUUCUGUGGGAAGAGGUUCACGCGGAGUGACGAGCUCCAGCGGCACGCUCGCACCCACACAGGGGACAAACGCUUCGAGUGUGCCCAGUGUCAGAAGCGCUUCAUGAGGAGUGACCACCUCACCAAGCAUUACAAGACCCACCUGGUCACGAAGAACUUAUAAGGCCAACUGAGGCAGGAGGCCCCGAAGAUGCAACCCCCAUCUGUGUCCUGCCUGGGCCCCUGACAGAAAGGAGCACCAUGGCUACCCUGGGCCCGCCCUCAGGCCCCCUCCUGUUCUGCGACCAUGUCCCACAGGAAGGGGCUCUGCUCCCUGUACUCUCCUCCUGAAGCCCUCUGGCUCUGCCCUGGCCCUUCCCCUCUCAACACGAGCUCCCGGCCUGCCCAGACUGUGGACACUGGCCAUGCCCAAUGAGACGUUCUAAACCAGGACGCGUGGGAACCUUUAUUUCCAAAGGAAAAACAUGCAUUUCACUCCGUCGAGGAGCAAAGUGAGCCCCCGCCCCGCCCCACGCCCCACUCCCUACACUGCCGGAGUCGCAUCGUGCCAUGACCCCAUCUCCCAUGCCCCCCUAGUCCCACUAGUCACUCUGGAUGUGCGGGGGCCCUGCCCCACCCGCACCCACUUCUGGAGGGGCUCAGCAGGCCACCUCCACUCCAUGUGCCCCAGCCCUGCCACAGCUCUCCUCCAGCACAUUCCAACUUUCUAUUAACAAGUCAAGAUACCCCCCCUCCUCCAACUCCCCUCUUUUUCUAUGGAGAACGUUGCCUUAUACUCUCUACUUCAGAUGAUGAACACUGUGUAUUGUGUGUGCUUUAAAGAAGUUUUAUUUAAUUGCUCCUUUCUUCCUUUCCUUAUUGUUCACCUCCCCGACGCCUGCUUUCAGUUGAGGGUUUUGGGGGGCAAUGAUGAGCAUAUGAAUUCUUUUCCUUACUCUAGCAAUUCUCUUUUCUAAAUGACACAGCACUUCAACCCAAAUCUGGAUUCAGAGGAACACACCUUCACAUCUGAACCCCCUCUCUCUCCCUCUCAUCUCACCCGCCUGCCCGGCCCAAGCUCUACUUGUGUACAGUGUAUAUUGUAUAAUAGACAAUUGUGUCUACUACAUGUUUAAAAAACAUAUUGCUUGUUAUUUUUGAGGCUUUUAAAUUAAACAAAAAUCCAACUUUAUUUUUAGUUGUAACUGCUUGAGGUAUGUUUUAUGAAUUAAGUGACAGAUUUGUUAUCCUUUAUUAACGAUGUACUUUGUUGGUCAGCAGUGGGCUGACAAAAAUUUUUUCUUGCUAAUAAAUUUAGUUGCCUGAGGCAAAACCU